GCUGGGGAGGCGGAGCUCUCGAGUCAGUCCACGCUGGCUGACGCCUCGCCCACUAAACUUCCAAAGUGCGACCGUACGUUCGUGAGUCGAGGCGGGGCGAGCAACGGGACCUUCCACGCCCCCGAGCUGCUGAACUCGAACAACCAGAGCCGGCAGUGCCUCUACACGUUCCUGGCGGCGCCGGGGCAGCGCGUGCUCGUCGAGUUCAGGAAGUUCGAGCUCAGGGGCAAGCCUCCAGAUGGAGCGGCAGUUGGCGAGUUACCAGCAUGCAUGCACGAGUACAUGGACAUAUACUCGGAGAUGGCGUCUCUGGAGACGGGCGAGCUGGUGAACUCGGCGUUCGGGGGACGAUACUGCGGGCCCAUACCGCCUCGACAGCGCGUCUCCCUGCACCGCGCGGUCGCACUCUCCUUCUAUACAGACAAGAUGUACACGCCGCCCAAUCUCUUCACUGGAACUUAUCGCUUUAUCAACGCAUCGGAAUUCGAAGUGGGAACCCCCGUUCCCAAUACAUUGUGCUCGUUCAUAAUCGAGGCGAGCAAGCGGAAGACGGGGCUCCUCCUGUCGCCGACGUACCCAGGAAUAUAUCCCAAAGACGUCACGUGCAACUACCUGUUCAGCGGACAGCCGGGGCAGCGCAUACGCCUCGAGUUCAGAGACUUCGAUCUGUUCUUCGGCGGUCCUCAUUGCCCUUUCGACUGGGUACGCGUGUACGACGGGCCCGACAACUCGUCGGCGGCCAUCGGCACGUACUGCGGGCAGCAGCGCAACCUCGUGCUGUACUCCAGCGACGAGCGGCUGCUGGUCACGUUCUACACGCUGCCGCGCGCCGCCUCCACGCAGAACCGCGGCUUUAAGGGGAUAUUCGAGUUUUCCGAAAGUUUUGUUAAGUUAGAUUUUAUAAGUAAACACGACGCGGAGCACAUUAGAGGCUCUGAAUGCGAUCAAAAGAUCCUCAGUAAAAAGGAAUCGACUGGUUUCGUCUACCAUCCAAAUUAUCCAUUCCCCUAUAUACAAAAAGUUGUUUGUAGAUAUUUUAUAUACGGUAUGCAAGAUUCACAGAAUUUGGAGCGGGUGCGUUUAGAAUUUCAGAAUUUUUCGAUACCAAAGGGAGAGAAUCCCAAGCCGGACAGCACGUGUAACGACGGGUACCUGAAGGUGUACCUCCGCGGCCAGGAGGCGACGGACUCUUACGACAAGCACGACGCGGAGCUGUGCGGUGAGCGCGCCGCAGACUUUCCGCCCGCCCUCGUGUCGGACGGGCCGCGCCUCGUCAUGGUGUUCUCCUCCGGGGAGCUGCAGGGACGAGGGUUCAAGGCCAAGUACACCUUCGAGACUGAAUAUCGAGUUCCUGGCACGGCGGCUCCUGGCGGAGAGUGCGCCUUCACGUACCGCUCCGAGUCGAAGAAGCGCGGGGAGUUCAAUUCGCCGCGCUACCCCUCGAACUACCCCUCGCACACGAACUGCACGUACAUGCUGGACGCGACGCCCAACGAGCAGGUCACCGUCGUGUUCGACCACUUCAAGGUCAGGGCGGACGCCUGGAACGCCACCGCCGGCUUGUAUGGUGGUGCGACCUGCAGCGAGGACUGGGUGGAGGCGUGGUGGGUGGGGCGCGAGGGGUCGCGCGUGCCCCUGGGCCGCUGGUGCGGGGCCGCCGCGCCCGGGCCUCUGCACUCGCCGCGGGGGGCGCUCGGACUCAUGAUCGCGCUGCGGACUGACGCUGAACACGUUGCCUCGGGGUUCAAGGCUAGAUACGUCUUUGAGCCAGCCAAGUCUAUAUUCGGCGACUGCGGGGGCAACAUGUCUGGUGCGGAGUGGGGCGUGGUGACGUCACCGCGCUACCCGCUGCCCUACGAGCCGCCGGCGCGCGCUGCCGCCUCCCGGGUCUGCAACUGGUUCGUCACCGCUCGUCCCGGGAAGAGACUCUUGCUCAACUUUCAGUUCUUUGCUGUCGAAGGACAUCUCAUCGACCGCGGCUGCCCGGCGGCCGUGCUGCGCCUGUGGUACGAGAGCCCGGGCCCCCCGCUCGAGCUGUGCGGGGAGAAGGCGCCCGCCGACCGCUGGCAAUAUCUCUCCUCCUCCAACUCUAUAAGACUCUCGUUCAUAAUAGCGGACAAGUCCGUGGGCGGCAGCGGCUGGCGCGCCGUGUGGACGGAGGUGACGGCGGCGGAGGGCGCGGCGUGUCCGGGCGGCGCGCUGCCGUGCGGAGCCGCGUGUCUGCCGCGCGCCGCGCUGUGCUCCGGCCUACAGCACUGCGCGCACCCGCUGCAACACCACCAGCACUGCGAGAAGGGAGUGUCUGGUGGCAGCUCGUCGUCGUGGACGUGGUGGUGGGUGGCGUGCGGUGGUAGUGCCGCGGGUGCCGCAGUGCUGGGCGCGUGGUGCCGGCGGCGUGGGAGACGGACCCCCCGCCGGCCGCCGCCCCCUCCUCGCCCGCCGCCGCGACCCCGCCCUCCCGCUCUACCUGACACCGUAUGACGGCACCCCGCCGGACAUCACUCGCCGACAUAGUUUAAUACAAAACUUUA